UUUUAAAAUAUAUUUUAUUUGUCUGAAUUUCUGUUAAAAGUAAAGUAGAUUUUCUUCUUUUUCUCCCCUUUAAAGAAAGAUUAAAACCCAUGGAUGAUAGAAAAGACACUCCAAUGUUAUAUUUUGGCGAAUUUCAUGACAAAAUCAACAUUUUUAACCUUGUAAUUUGUCCGAGUGCAUUCCCUGAUAUUCUGCAGCAGAUCUCUCUCAAGAUAAACGUUCAUAAACAUGGGUUGGAAUUUACAAAUGGACAAUCGAAAUUUGCGAUCUUGUUUAAAGAUUUGACCAUUCAACCGUUAUCAGCCCAAACAGUAAAAAUUGUGAAUGAAAAUGAGGUUCACUUCAGACUUGAAGUUUCACCACCUGGGCCUUCAACAUUUGAGGAACAGUUCUCGCAGGGUGAAUUAGUUCCUAAACCCGACAAAGUGUUAAAUAUACAAUGCAAAGAAUGUUUGUCAGAGAUAACACGGUGUGACAGAAAAUUUUCCAGAGUUUUGGAACUACCGUCGGAAAAUUGGCAAGAAUAUUUAGACAACUGGUGUUGCCAUGGCAAUGAAGCUAUCACAAAGUUAAAAGAUGGUUUAAACCCUCAAGAAAAUUACUGCUUCUUUGGAAACUGGUAUAUUUUGGUUCACCCUAAAGCACUUGAUGUUCAGAAUAUCAAAGUUUCAAUGCGAGAGGAAAGCUGUCAAAUUCUCUGCAAACGUUGUCAAGCAAUGCUGGGGAGGUUAAAUUUCUCAGCCUCAGGCGAUAAUUCAGCUAAAUUCUUGUGCAAGGAUGUCAAUAACAGUUCCAGCGUUGAGUUAAACAAACAUUCAAUAACGCUUUACAACGGUUCGUCAAGAAAUAUUUUCAAAAAUCUCGGUGAAGAAACGUUUUUGGCAGCGAAUUUUAUAAGUUUGACCAAGACUCGAAUGUGUCACAAGUUUAUCGUUAACAAAACAUCGUCAGAAAAAAAUAAUUCGACAGUUGUUUUGAUUUGGGUUCUAAAUACAGAAACGAAAUUCAUUUCUUCCCUGUGUCAGAGAGAAAGUUCAGAAGAAAAUAUUGGUUUUCCAAGUAUAUUUCGUGCAGUGAAAGUCCUUUACAAAACCCACCUUGAAUAUGACUUUAAAACGAUAAAAGAUGAAUGGUAUUGUAGUUCCCUCACAGACAUCAUCACAUUCCCUGAAGAAAUCUCUUUGAAGCUUUUGUUGUGUCUCACACAAAACAACAAGACUCAACCGCCCUCAUUGAGAACUGCCAAUAGUUUUAAUGUGAGUUUUUUAAAACUCAAACAAGCUCAAUGAGUUGGUCACUCUUGCAAAAUGUCUUGCUUUGGAUUGGAGUGGAUUUAUGUUGAUGUCAAGUUUUGAAGAAGGAAGCCAAUGUAAGGUUAGAGGUUAUACAUAUAUUAAUAUAUUAUCACAAAUAAAUAAGCUUGGA